AUGGAUCAAUAUUAUGAUGAUUAUUAACCAACAACGAAUAAUAAAGAUGUAGAUCAAAUAUUAAAAAUAGCUAAAAAUCUAUCGAAACGGGAAUUCUAAUUUAUGUUGUACCUUAACAAUAAGAGAUAAUACUAAAUUUAAUGAAAUACGUAAAUCUUUACAAUAAAAAUGGGACACCUAAUUUAAUAGAUUAAGAUUAUUUAAUUAGGAAGGAGUAGAAAUAACUGAGGAUGAUUUGGAUUAUAUAAAAAAUGGGACUGUGUUAUUUGCAUCAAAAGGUAAGAGUUGA